AUUCAAAAGUAACAGCCGAAAACAAAAAGCGCCGCCAAAUCGCAAACGGUAUCUGUCAUCAGAAUGAACCUUGCCGACCUGAAAUCUUGAUUGUCGCUUGAAAGUGUGUGCGGAUCGGAGCUUCUCUCGUCCACAUUACGCACGCAUCUUAAUUGCGUUUCCCGCUUAUCUGCACAAGAUCGCCGAUGUCACUUAGCCGGCAACCUGCGACGUCAAGUGGGUGCGAAGUUUGUUAGAUUGUGAUCUUAGUGUUUUCGGGAGAUUAUGUUGCGAAUUUUACCUAAAUCGCUACGAUAUGCUAAUAUCAAGAAAUUUCAUACCUCUGGUGUCAGCCAUAGGAGUUUAGUCACUUGCACUGAUAAGGACGGAAUUCGUGAAUUCGCGCUCAAUGACCCGAAAAGGAGGAAUGCUUUAUCAAUGGAAAUGAUGGACGAACUGCUGGCAGGUUUGACCACUGGCCUAGAUGAUAGAAACAUAGGGUGUGCUGUCAUUUCAAGUACUGGUAGUGUCUUUUCGUCGGGCCACAACUUUAAAGAACUUGCACCUGAGGAAGGUUAUGAUAAUCACAAAAAGGUUUUCACUAAGUGUGCAGAUCUUAUGCGUGCAAUACAUAAUGCGCCUGUGCCUAUUAUCGCAAAGGUGGAUGGUUUGGCAGCUGCGGGAGGAUGUCAGCUCGUUGCUUCUUGCGACAUAGUCGUAUGCACCGAUCGCAGUUCCUUCUCGACUCCUGGGGCUAAUUUCGGACUGUUCUGUUCUACGCCUGGCAUUGCUAUUUCCAGAACGAUACCACGAAACAAAGCACUGUACAUGCUUUUUACUGGUUUACCAAUUAGCGCUCAAGAAGCAUACAUUGCAGGUCUAGUUAGUCAAGUCGUACCUCAAAACGAAUUGGACAAAAAGGUGAAUGAAAUUUGUAGAAGCAUAAUCAGCAAGAGUCGAAAUGUUCUCGAAUUAGGAAAGCAAUUUUACCAUAAACAGAUACUGAUGGAUAUUGAAACGGCGUACGAGUGCGGCGCGACGGUAAUGGCAGAUAAUCUCAACCUACCGGACGGACAAGAAGGAGUUCGAAGUUUCUUCGACAAACGACGUCCGAAGUGGAAGAAGUAAUUAAUUGCCUGAUUUUUAAUCCCAACUGAAAACGGUGUUUUCCCAUGCUCACUUCGCAUUUUUUGUAUUUUCAUAUAAAUUAUACUUUACUCAAGAUCUGCAUAAAAUAUUUUCGUAUUUGCAUAUCGUU